AUGUGACCCCUGAUCACGUGUCUCCGCCGCCGGCUCGGGCUUGAAGAACCGCAGCAGAUUUUAGGUAAAGUUUUGAGAAAGAAGAAAUCAAGGUCAGAGAGGGAGUCAUCCCAGAUCUUUGGGGAGAAGGGGCUGCAAGAAGUAGCUCUCCCUUCACCAUAGCAGGACAGUUAGAAAGAACAGGUCUGUAAACCUGAUGCAGGCAGGAGUUGCACCUGACAUAUUUCUGUCUCUGCCAUCGCACACUGUGGCAGCCUGUGUAGUGUUCUGCACAGAGGUUAAGAAGAGACAGAGCCCCGAGGCCUCCUAGGAUAACAGCUCCAAAUGAGCUGGUGCCACCCUCCUAGCUGAUCGUGUUCCCUCAGCUCCCCAGGGGAUGUGGUUGUGAGACAGAACCCACAGAACCUGCAGGAAGAGGACUCUCAGGGCCAUGGCCCAGCUUAGCAUCAACAGUGACCUUGGCGAGUGGGGCUUAAGCACAGACUCCGGGGAGCGGGCCCGUCUGCUGCAGAGUCCCUCUGUGGACAUGGCCCCCAAGAGUGAGGGAGAGGCUUCUCCUGAAGUUGUGGGCAGAGGUACCACUUCUACACUUGGGGCCAUCUUCAUCGUUGUCAAUGCCUGCCUGGGCGCAGGGCUGCUCAACUUCCCAGCAGCCUUCAGCACUGCAGGGGGUGUGGCAGCCGGCAUCACGCUGCAGAUGGCCAUGUUGGUUUUCAUCAUCAGUGGCCUCGUCAUCCUGGCCUACUGCUCCCAGGCCAGCAAUGAGAGAACCUACCAGGAGGUGGUGUGGGCUGUGUGUGGCAAGCUGACAGGCGUGCUGUGCGAGGUGGCCAUUGCCAUCUACACCUUCGGGACCUGCAUUGCCUUCCUCAUCAUCAUUGGGGACCAGCAGGACAAGAGUGAGGUCCCCCUCAGUACCUACCUCAUCCCUCCCCCUGGGCCCCUGGGGGUCCUGGGUGGGAGGAAAAGAGCACAGAACACCUGCCCAAGGCCUAGCCUGGGCCUGGCACUCAUCUGGGAAUCCUCCCUGCUGGCUGCUGGGCCCAUUAGAGAGAUGGAGGCCCUGCAGAGCUGGAGGGCUGCACCCUGCAGUAGCCUGGCAUCACGUUCCCUCCUUCCUUCCUAUGCAGUUAUAGCUGUGAUGGCAAAGGAGCCUGCAGGGGCCAGCGGCAGCCCCUGGUACACAGACCGCAAGUUCACCAUCAGCCUCACUGCCUUCCUCUUCAUCCUGCCCCUUUCCAUCCCCAGGGAGAUCGGCUUCCAGAAAUAUGCCAGCUUCCUAAGCGUCGUGGGCACCUGGUACGUCACUGCCAUCAUUAUCAUCAAAUACAUCUGGCCCGAUAAAGAGAUGACGCCAGCAGAUGCCCUGAACAGGCCAGCUUCCUGGAUAGCCGUGUUCAAUGCCAUGCCCACCAUUUGCUUCGGAUUUCAGUGCCACGUGAGCAGUGUGCCCGUCUUCAACAGCAUGCGGCAGCCCGAGGUGAAGACCUGGGGCGGGGUGGUGACAGCCGCCAUGGUCAUAGCCCUCGCUGUCUACAUGGGCACAGGCAUCUGUGGCUUCCUGACCUUUGGAGAUGCGGUGGACCCCGACGUGCUCCUGUCCUACCCGUCGGAGGACAUGGCUGUGGCCGUUGCCCGUGCCUUCAUCAUCCUGAGCGUGCUCACCUCCUACCCCAUCCUGCACUUCUGUGGGCGGGCGGUGGUUGAAGGCCUGUGGCUGCGCUACCAGGGGAUGCCGGUGGAGGAGGACGUGGGGCGGGAGCGGCGGCGGCGAGUGCUGCAGACGCUGGUCUGGUUCCUGCUCACCCUGCUGCUGGCGCUCUUCAUCCCUGACAUUGGCAAGGUCAUCUCAGUCAUCGGAGGCCUGGCCGCCUGCUUCAUCUUCGUCUUCCCAGGGCUGUGCCUCAUUCAGGCGAAACUCUCUGAGAUGGAGGAAGUCAAGCCAGCCAGCUGGUGGGCGAUGGUUAGUUAUGGAGUCCUCUUGGUCACUCUGGGAGCCUUCAUCUUUGGCCAGACCACAGCCAACGCCAUCUUUGUGGAUCUCUUAGCAUAACCACUGCCUCCCAGGGAAUACAUGUAUUUGCCAUUGGACCUGGGAACCCAUCUCAUAGAGCUGCAGAGCCACCCUGCAGAGUCUGGCAUUGUUGCCUUCUACUGGUGGGAUGACAUCUGAACAUCCUUUCUAGGGACAGUUCUGGGGUGAAAUUACGCCCCACACUUAUGGACAGCUCAAACUCAGCUCCCUUCCUGCUCCCUGGUCCUGGCAGUGCCAUGGAUGGUGGGAAGAGAUCUUGUGUCACAGAGGAGCCUUCCCCUGCCUCCUCCAACUGUUGACUUCUCCAUGCCUGGAAGCCAUGGGUGAAGAGGUUUAGUAGGUCUCUGAAGAAAGAACCCAGCCUGAAACCCACUCUGGAGAAAGAGUGUGGGCCAAGGGCUCCCAUCUUCCACAGAGAAGCCUGUCCUGAAUAGGGGCUGUGUUCAUCACCCCAGGACUCAUUGCCUGCUCCUGUCCGUUGGCAGCCCAACCAGCAGUGACUUUCUCUGGCAAGUUCCAAAGGUAGUACUAAAGUUAUACAACUGUGCAGAGGCAGGUAGAUUGAUGCCUUGUCCACUGCCUCCUGGGCCCACAGGGAGCCUAAGAGCCCUCAUUCUCAUGGCUGAUUGACAUUUCCCAAGCCUUCUGAGGCCUCAUCCUAUCUCUACCCAGACCUGAAGGUCCAGGCAUCCAUCUGCUCCUCCAUCCCCAGACAUCAACAAGUCUAAUGUUUACAAACGGUGUCAGCCCAGCUCUGAGCCAGGGGCCAGGGCCGUCCCGUGCCACGGUGCUGUGAGGACUCCUCCCUUAAUUUUCCCCAUGGCGGGAGUCUGCUUUUCUCUCACAGAUUCCAGGUGGGCCCCUCUUUUUUGAGGCACAAGGGUGGGUGAUGGAGAAGGCUGGGAACCUCUCAGACCCAUGAGGGCUGGGCUAGUGAGGAUCAAGGUGAAUCUGUCUGGUAUCUUCACUUUCAUUGGUUGCUUCUCUUCCCUCUGCCUUGCACGUGCCCCUCCCGCCAACCUGAGCCCGGCAGCCUGGAGACAAGAAAGGCAUCUGAGUUGUCACUGACUGAGCAACAACUGAGUGUGGUCAUGCCAGCCUGGAAGUUUCCCUUCCAAUCUGGAUCUUGUCUGCUUCUUCCCCCUAUCACCUCUUCACCCCUACCCCAUUUUUCCUGUGUAGCUCAAUCUCUCCUGCUAAGAGAUGAAUGGGGGUGGGGGUGGCCAAAUUCUCUCUUGUCACUUCGUCAGCUCCACACAUACUCCAGGCCUGGCCUCCUCUUCGUCCACACUGAGGUCACACCUAGGUUGAGCCCCAGGAGGGUUGAAGAGGGAUGUUACUUCCCCCUUUGUAUUCCUGUUUUGAACACCUGGCCACUGACUUAGGCCAAUCCCAGGCACCGCUUCUGCCUGGAAAACCCAGCACUUCCCUGGCCCCUCCUGCCUAAAACCUCUGAAUGGAGGGGUGGGGGUGAGAGGGACCCCAGCCCUCAGGGCAGUGAGAUAAGCAGCAGAGGCUGGCUGGAGGCCAGAUUGGCUUCUGCUCAGUCCCCAGACUGGGUGACCUGCCUUUCCUCACAUCCCCUCUCUGCCCCUUGGGCCAGACCCACUUGGCCGCUUUUUCUCAGUCCAUUGCACAGCACCGGGGCCCGCCAGUGUCCAUCUCUGACAAGGUUAGGAGGACGGCCCAUCAGCAGGGCUGCACUGCCUCCUAAUGUUGGAUUUCAGUUGAGGGGCGCGGGAACGUAAGGGGAGUCAUGGCACAGAAACGGACCAGUCGGGAAAAGGAGCUGCAAUCUGGCCCCUUGGCCUAACCUCAGGAGCCCCUUCCCCUGCCCUCCCUGCCAGGGCAUUUUACUGUUUCUUUUCUACUUGUGCACAUUCAGACCAGGGAGGAUGAUUAAUAAAAAGGGACCUGUGCUGCUGA